AUGUGCAAUACGAAGCUUCCCUCUGUGGUCAACUGCUUGGUUCCAAGGAAGAUAAAGAAGUUGCAUUCUUCUUCAAUUCGUUUUGGAACAGCAUACAUACGCAGUGCCCUGUCAUCCAGCAUAAAAAUACAAUGUAUGCGUUUCGCAAAGGCGAAGAAUCAAAAACAAUACAGCGUCCACUUAUGCGAGGAAGUUCACAAGGUAAACGUAACAUCAGCUGCCAAAAGUCCACGGAUAUUCCGCAUGCGUCCAAAUGAGCAAAUCUACCUUUCUGACGUUCCAUGGUACAUGAAUGAACACAGCAAAUUUGUAAACUCCUUGAACGGCCGCAGCUCAAGAUGCAAAUUCAACGGAUACAUUCAGUUGGAUGAAGGUGAUUUUAUUCCUGGGGUACCUUGCCACACAUCACGACCCCACUUCAACUAGCAUCAAUAUCGCAUGCUACGAUGGUCUUCUAGACUACUCAAAACCUCCCAUCUCCGUGCUCCAGUGAUCCUACAUUUACUCAAGGAUAACAGUCGAAUUGUUAACAAAGUACAUCUUAAGUGUGAAUAAUUGAAAUGACAUAUACUUGCAGCCUUUUGUCAUCUCUUUUUUCAAAAUUUGUAACAACGAUGAUUUUGUGCGUGGAAUGCGUUUAUUUGUAUUAACCAUUUCUAUACACUAAGCCAAACAUUUUUU